GUCUCCAUCACCAGCCAUUCAGGCGCAGAAAGAGAGAGGGAGGAAGAGGAGGAGGAGGAGGAGAAGGGGCGAGGGGCGGGGGAGGGAAUCUGAUCACCCGGCUGGCAAUGGCCUGAGCCGAUCCCUUAGGAGAUCCAGCGCUCCUGCCCUGCCUGCCCGACCAGCCCUGCCUCCUCGCCACCCUGCUCCCAUUUCGCCUGCACAAUGCCAGCUGUACGGCGUAGCCCCUUCCUACACUAGGGGGGCUCUGCUGGGGAUGUGAGCCGGCGGGCAGGGAGAGCCAUUGUGGGGAAGAGGAGCCAGCCAGAGGAGGCCGAGCGAGGCUAUGAGGUGUGGGCGACCGGAGAAGGCUCCUCGCUGAACCAUGAUGAAGACGGAGCCCCACGCCGCCAGCCCCGGCAACAGCAGCAGCGGCAGCCUGAGAAGCGCCUCUCCCCACAGGAACGCCUACGAAGCGGGGAUCCAGGCCCUCCGAGCCACAAAGGAUGCCCUUGGGGCCGCCGAGAGCGAAGAAGCCAAGAAGGCCAGGAACAAGAAGUAUGGCUCCAACGUGCACCGGAUCAAGAACAUGUUCCUGCAGAUGGGGACCGCCCCGCCGGGCGAGGGCACCUGCGACCUGGCCAAGGUGAAGGAGAAGCCCGUCCGGCUUUCCUUGCCCAGGGCCAGCAGCCUGAACGAGAACGUGGACCACAGCGCCCUGCUGAAGCUGGGCACCAGCGUGUCGGAGAGGGUGAGCCGCUUCGACUCCAAGCCCGACAAGCCGGUCUCCAAGCUCCAGGAGACCCGGAAGAUCUUCGAGCGGAGCCUUCAGGAGAAGGAGACCACCAACAAGCUCUUGCUGAGGAAGGAGAGGGCCGGCUUCCAGGACAGGAAGCUGGAUGUGGUGGUGAGGUUCAACGGCAGCACGGAGUCCCUGGACAAGCUGGACACGGAGGCCGUGUCGCCCACCGUCAGCCAGCUCAGCGCCGUCUUCGAGAAGGCCGACCUGAGGAACAACCUGCACAAAACCCCCAGCAAAGUUGGGCCCCUCAACUCCAAGAUCGUCAGCAAGAGGUCCCGGGUCUUCCUCCAGGGUCCGGAAGGGGGCAAGGCGGAAGCCAGGGGCGGCGACGGGCCGGCUCCCCAACUGAGAGGCGACAAGGCCCAACCCAAACCGGUCGCGCCCAGGCCGGGCGAGAAGGACGCCAUGGGCCCACGGGCCCAGAGCGUCCAGGAGGUGCGGAAGAUCAAGCCGGUGGAGGUGGAGGAGAGCGGGGAUUCGGAGCAGGAGUUCGAGGCCGCCGAGCAGGCGGAGGAGAGGGCGGCUGAGCAGGACAAGAGCAAGAGUUUGGCGUCUGGGCCCGAGAGGGCCGAGAUGAUCCAGGCCGAGGUGACGGUGCACGCGGCCUUGGAGAACGGCGGCCUGGCUGCGGAGAAACACGGGCAGGCCCCAGAAGUGGACGCCUACCCCGAGGAGGAGGGCAAGGCCGAGGGGCAGGAGGAGGCCGACCUGGGCGAUGAGUCCAAGAAGGAGGACUUCUCGGAGGCCGACCUGGUGGACAUCAGUGCAUACAGUGGGCUGGGGGAGGACUCGGGGGGGAGCGGGCUGGACGAGGACGAGGAGGCCGACGGGCUGUACGAGCCCGAGUCGAGCUGCGUGGAGAUCCCCGGGCUGUCGGAGGAGGAGGAGCUGGCGUCCAACCGCAAGAUCCAGUUCAGCACGGCUCCCAUCCAGGUGUUCAGCACCUAUUCCAACGAGGACUACGACCGCCGGAACGAGGAUGUGGACCCCAUGGCUGCCUCGGCCGAGUACGAGCUGGAGAAGCGGGUGGAGAGGCUAGACCUCUUCCCGGUGGAGCUGGAGAAAGACUCCGAGGGGCUGGGCAUCAGUAUUAUCGGGAUGGGCGCUGGAGCGGACAUGGGCCUGGAGAAGCUCGGCAUCUUUGUCAAGACGGUGACGGACGGGGGAGCGGCUCACCGGGACGGCAGGAUCCAGGUGAAUGACCUCAUCGUGGAGGUGGACGGUACCAGCCUGGUGGGUGUGACCCAGAGCUUCGCGGCCUCCGUGCUGAGGAACACCAAGGGUAGAGUCCGGUUCCUGAUCGGGCGGGAAAAGCCGGGCGAGCAAAGCGAGGUAGCUCAGCUGAUCCAGCAGACGCUGGAGCAGGAGCGGUGGCAGCGGGAGAUGAUGGAGCAGAGAUACACCCAGUACACGGAAGAGGAUGAAGAAACGGGCGAAUAUGCCACGGACGAGGACGAGGAGAUGAGCCCCAUGUUCCCCGGCAGCGAGAUGGCCAUCGAGGUCUUCGAACUGGCUGAGAACGAGGACAUGCUGUCCCCUGUCGAGAUGGACCCCGAGAAGCUGGUGCACAAGUUUAAGGAGCUCCAGAUCAAACACGCCGUCACCGAGGCUGAAAUCCAGCAGCUGAAGAGGAAGCUGCAGUCCAUUGAGCAGGAGAAGGCUCGCUGGCGAGCCGAGAAGGCCCAGCUGGAGCAGAGCGUGGAGGAAAACAAGGAGAGGAUGGAGAAGCUGGAGGGUUAUUGGAUGGAGGCCCAGAACCUGUGCCAGGCAGUGGAUGAGCACCUGAAAGAGACUCAAGCCCAGUACCAGACCCUGGAGCGGAAAUACAGCAAGGCCAAGCGGCUCAUCAAGGAGUAUCAGCAGAAGGAGAUCGAGUUCCUCAAGAAGGAGACGACCCAGAGGCGUGUGCUGGAGGAGUCGGAGCUGGCCCACAAGGAGGAAAUCGACAAGCUCCAGGAGAAGAUCUCCGAACUGGAGGGGAAGCUGCAGACCUUGAAAAAUUCAAACCCGACUUAAAACAAACACAAGCAAUCGUUGGUUGGGGAGGAGGGACACUUUCUCCUUAACCCCCCCCCCACGCCUCCGUUUUGCCCCUGCUCCUCCCCCGCCCUCCCACCCCUUGCUGCCUUCAUAGAGGGGUGAGAAAGAGACACAAAAUCGAACCCACUAUGAAAGGAAUAAUAAUGAUCCCUCCUUCCCCCGGCCUUCCUUUGGGGGGAGAGAGAGGAGGGGGGAGGAGGGCUGGGGCUGAGGGAGGGCUCUGGGAUUGGCUGGCUGGGUCCCAGCUGGCCUGGAGGGGGCAGUAUGGGGAAUGUCUCUGGGACAGGGGACCCCUCGUCAAUUUCUGUUCCUCAUGUGAGUCUCGUGUUAACUUGAUGGAUGCAUUUUUUGGCGGGGGGAUUUGUUCUGCCUGUGUAUCCCCCCCGCCCCCAACACCCCCCCUCCACCCCUCCCCACUGAGGAGCCUUUCCAGCCAACCUCCCGGCUUGGGAUCAGCGACAGCUCACCCGCCAACCGCGCCGCGUCCCCCCGAGGCCUCUGGGGAAGGGCUGUGUGGGCAGCACCCCCUGUGCAGAGUGGGGCCGGCCCGAAGCUCACCCCUUGGCGGAAGGACUUUCUUGGGGAGGCCAGAUGUCUUUGUUGGCCCAUCCUCGGGGCAAUCCAUUGUGCUCUGUGUGUCGUGCGCUGAUGGGAAGCGUGUCUGUGUUUGAGAUCUCGACCCAGUGCCGGGCAGUAUCUGGGACCCUGGAAGGCAGACAAGCUGCUGGCGCUGGGACAGGAGGCCCUGGGCAGCGCUGGCAGGGACAGGUUAUGCCUGUGGGUGACGCUUCCCCACCCACCCCGGAUAACUUCAGGGACCAGUGCCUUGGCCUCUCCUGUGAGUCUGUCCCGGAGGAAAUGACAGCGAGCUUCCGGCUGAGCUAACAUCUCCCCAGACACCGUGGGGCAGGGGGGCGAUCCUGGAGCAGAGACACCCCCACCCCUGGGGCGCAGCCUGCAGGGGGGAAAGACCUUGGGCAUCUGCCUCUUCCCCCACAGCUGGAUGGAUACGGGCUGUGGGGUGGGACUUGCUCCUUCCCGGGCCCAACGCCGGCGCUCGAUGGGAGGAAAACCACGACGGGAAGUGGCCCCGGCCGAGACUCCUCCGCACUUGGCUCCGCAGAGGCACCAGGGACUGCGGGCUGCAGCUGGCUUCGAGCUGCAUGAGGCGCCGGUGGGAGGGGGCCUGGGGUGUUCACACAAGAUUCUUUGCUCUGGAGGGGAGGGGGAGCAAACGAUCCAGACGCAGGCCGUGGGCAGCAGAGCACUGCCCCGAGGUGACUAAUUGGGGUUGGACUUGGACUGGCGUCAAGCAGUGCACGUGGGAAUUGGCACACUCACAGCACGCACAGGCCUGGCACUGGUGCGCUCACACCCAGGCAUGGGAUGGAGGCACUGGUGCGCUCACACCCGUGCGUGGGAUGGGGGCACUGGAGCUUACACCCGUGCGUGGGAUGGGGGCACUGGCACGCUCACACCCAUGGAUGGGUUGGGGGCACUAGUGCGCUCACACCCGUGCGUGGGAUGGGGGCACUGGUGCGCUCAUACCCGUGUGUGGGAUGGGGGCACUGGCGCUCACACCCGUGCGCGGGAUGGGGGCACUGGCGCUCACACCCGUGCACGGGAUGGGGGCACUGGCGCUCACACCCAUGCACGGGAUGGGGGCACUGGUGUGCUCACACCCAUGCACGGGAUGGGGGCACUGGCGCGCUCACACCCAUGCACGGGAUGGGGGCACUGGCGCGCUCACAC